UUCUCAAAAUUUCAAGAUAUUAGAAAUUGCAGUCGGGUAUGUUGAGGGCAUUGUAUUCUAUAAUAGAAAAGGCCCUGAAACCUACACCAUUGACAAGGAGGGACAUAUACUGCGAAUGGAACAUAGUGAAUGGUUGGAGAGAAUACAGUCGUUUAAUAUAGUUGAUAUCAAGCAGUAACAUUUUGAACACCAUGUCUGUCUACGACAGUGAUGCAUCUUCAUUUUCACAUCCUUCAUCUUUCUCUGACCAAAGGUUUAAAGCCAUAGUGGGCACUCCAUUGCAUUCUUCUCGUGAUUAUAGAGAUUCUGAAAACAAAGGCAAAGAGAGUAAGACGGUUACACGUGAUUCAUGUGGAGAUACUGGCAAGCCAAAGGAGGGGUAUCUAUCUACAAUAUUCAGUUGCAGCUUGUUCCAGAAGGACAUUUAUGCAGGUAAAGUGGUCACCUACCCUAAAUGUAUGCACAGGAUGUUGUCAAGUAUGUACCCAGAGAUUCUGUCGGUACUUGAAGAAACAUAUGGACGGGGAGCAUUUAUCUACGUUGGAGGGUCUUUUCAGUGUCUGUUUCCAAGAGAUACUAAACGAUUUCACAAAAUUAAGUCGGGGUUGAUAUGUGACAUGUGCAUUUUUGCAAACAAUAAACCAGCUAUCCUACUCACUGUUGCAAAGAACAAAAAACAGAGGGAUCAUUUCAACAGUUACAACUUGCAGAUGAAAAGAAACUUGGAAGAAUGGAUAAGCGAAACAUUGGUUGACUUCAAAGUCUUGUCUGUAGUUGUGACCCCUGACGACUUCAGAAUCCGAAAACAUUUCAAGCUAAAAAAUUUCGACGUUGAGACACAAUCGAGGACAAAAGUUCUUCCCUCAACCUUGGCAACAGUAAUACUGACUAUGGAAACCUUUUUUCGGAAGCUGGCAACCUGCAAGUUCGUUCAACGAUUUUCUGGAGUUUCCGAAGAAACUGUAUAUUUUGAUCAAGACUUAUUUGAAGAAUUCAUUGAACUGAUGGAAGAGGAAAAUACCAAAACUGUGUAUUCCAAAUGUUCAGACUAUACAGUGCUCCUGGCCUGUGAACUAGGCUACAGGUUAGCUUUGAUUGGCCACACGUCUAUCUAUUCACGAUCAGAAGAAAAGAGAGAAUUUGAAGAACUAAGGAACGCUCAAAACCUGUCCAUAUCAAUCAAUUACGACAGGAGUGUUGCUGAUGAGAACUUGGAAGAAGGCGAUGUGCUCUUGUCGUCGUGGAAAGGGGGUACGAUUCUAUUUCGAGCGGGGAUUGCAGCUGCUCGAAGAACCUUGGCGUCAGCUGUUGUUAACCGCAGUGCAAAGGUGCAGGAUGAAGAAAGACGCAACAGAUUGAUGGACCUGGUUUGCUUGCACAUGAAAAAGGCAGAGGAACAAUUAGAGAACACACUGCGCCAUGCUGACUCUAAAUCCCAGAUAGCAGAACUGGAAUUGUUCAGUACAUAUUCACGGGAUGAAGAAACGCAGAUGUAUACCGUAGGGAAACCCAAUGUUGCAGCUGAUGCAGUGUCUAGGCCACCGACACAGGAGACUACAGGGUCCAGCUCCGAAGAUAGCACAGUCCAAGAGGAUCCUGAUGCACAAUAUAUCGAUUCUGAGACAUUAGAAUCCAGUAAUCUCAGGCAAAUGGCGAAAGAAGAGGCAAUGUAUGAAGAAUAUCCUCUUGAACAUUUUGAUCACAUGACACCUUCACAGAGCGCACAGGGGGGACGAGGCAACGUGCAUAUCCUCUGCUCGACUUGAGAAACCAUUGUUUAGUCAUUCAGAGGAAACAAAGUAUAAUAUAAACACAGGCGAUUGGAGAGC